GGCGGGGCUUGUGAAGAUGGCGGCGCCUGGGAAUCUUGCGGUGCUGGAGUCAGACCUGCAAAGUGCCGUGACACUUUUGAAAAACCUUCAGGAUCAGGUGAUGGCUGUAACUGCACAAGUACAAGCUCUGACAAAAAAAGUUCAAGCUAGAGCCUAUCCUACAGAGAAGGGUCUCAGCCUCUUGGAAGUGAAGGACCAGCUACUGCUCAUGUACCUUAUGGAUUUAACCCAUCUCAUCCUGGACAAAGCCUCAGGAGGGUCUCUUCAGGGACAUGCUGCAGUUCUGAGACUGGUAGAGAUCCGCACGGUUUUGGAAAAGCUUCGUCCCUUGGACCAAAAACUGAAGUAUCAGAUUGACAAGCUAGUCAAGACUGCAGUGACAGGCAGCCUCAGUGAGAAUGACCCUCUCCGUUUUAAGCCUCAUCCCAGCAAUAUGAUGAACAAGUUGAGCUCUGAGGACGAGGAGGAAGAUGAAGCAGAAGGCCAGUCUGAAGCUUCAGGAAAGAAAUCUGUAAAAGGAACAGUUAAGAAAUACGUUCCACCACGCUUGGUUCCAGUACAUUAUGAUGAAACAGAAGCUGAGAGGGAAAAGAAACGCCUAGAACGGGCCAGAAAACGGGCAUUGAGCAGCUCUGUCAUUCGUGAACUUAAGGAGCAGUACUCAGAUGCUCCAGAGGAAAUCCGUGAUGCUCGGCAUCCUCAUGUCACCCGUCAGAGUCAGGAGGAUCAACACAGGAUUAACUAUGAGGAGAGCAUGAUGGUGCGUUUAAGUGUCAGUAAGCGCGAGAAAGGACGACGAAAACGAGCAAGUGUUAUGAAUUCACAACUUCAUUCCCUCACACACUUUAGUGACAUCAGUGCUUUGACAGGAGGAACACCUCAUCUUGAUGAGGACCAGAAUCCUAUUAAGAAGCGUAAGAAGAUACCUAAGAAAAGUCGAAAGAAGAAAGGUUUUCGGAGGCGGCGGUGAUGAUGGGUGUACAUAUUUGUAUAUCUGUUGUUAUCCAGGGAUACUUCUAAUUUCACUGUAUGUAGG